CCUCUCGGAGGUCAUCCAAGGUAUGCUAAAAAAGCGUCCUGACGACAUCACCGGGACAAUAUAAGAGGCGGGCAAUGAGAUUUGGCUGCAAACCUUCCUGAGCUGAAAUCUGAGGAAACUAGCAGGCACAAAGCUAGCUCCGUCUGUUUUAACAUCCUCCCCUGUGGUCCUGGGAUACAAGAAGACACCACACUGGAAAAUAUGCUGUUCUGCCAUUCUCAGCCUGAAUCCUACCAUCAGCACUCUGCUAGUUACAUUAGAGAGGCUUUGGCACCUUUCUUGAAAAACGAAGAAGCCAGGCUUAUGGCUGAGAAUGGUGCCAAGAGGACCCCAUUGCAAUACAUUCUGUGUGCAGCCACCUCGCCGGCUGUGAAACAGCAGGAGGAGAGUCUCACUUAUCUCAACCAAGGUCAGUCCUACGAAAUCCGUAUGCUUAACAGAAAACUAGUGGAGUAUACAGAUAUAAGCAGCAAAUAUGUAAAGAGCAUUGUGCGUGUGGUGUUUCAUGACCGACGACUGCAGUAUAUGGAGCACCAACAGCUGGAGGGAUGGAGGUGGAACAGACCUGGAGACCGAAUACUGGAUAUAGAUAUCCCAUUGUCAGUGGGGGUACUAGAGCCCCGUUCACACCCUUUACAUCUCAACACCAUUGAGUUCCUCUGGGAUCCUGUCAAGAAUGCUUCUGUUUUCAUACAGGUCAACUGCAUCAGCACUGAGUUCACUCCUAGGAAGCACGGUGGAGAGAAAGGAGUGCCUUUUCGUAUCCAGGUCGACUCAUUCAUUGCCAAUGAAGAUGGGGAAUAUAUGGAGCAUGUCCAUUCUUCCAGCUGCCAGGUCAAAGUCUUUAAGCCUAAAGGAGCUGAUCGUAAACUGAAGACAGACAGGGAAAAGAUUGAUAAAAAGGUCCUUUCAGACAGAGAGAAGUAUCAACUGUCCCAUGACAGCACCCUGCUCAAAGAGUGCUCCCCUUGGCCUGAUGCCUUAAAUCUCACCAGCCACAGCAGCAGCAGCACUCCAUCACCAGUUUACCACAGCUCACCAACUUCCUGUAGUUUCACAGAUGGCAACUGUUCCCCAAACAAGCAGGGGGACCUGCUCAUGCCUGGCUCCACUGACCACCUUCUGCCUUCGUCGUCCCAACAGGACACUCAGCAUUGGCUGCACCGCCAUAGGUUCUCACCUUUCUCAAGGCUUUUUUGCAGCUUCUCAGGUGCUGAUCUGUUGAGGAUGAGCAGGGAGGAUCUGAUCCAGAUCUGCGGUCCAGCAGAUGGUAUUCGUCUGUUUAACACUAUGAAAGGAAGGUGUAUACAGCCCCGUCUUACCAUCUAUGUGUGUCAGCAGCAGGCCAGACAUCAACAUCCCAUCAAGCCAGGGACUGGAGAAAUCUACCAUGCUCUGUACCUGGAGGAGCUAACACUGUUGGACCUGUCUGAAAAGAUCGCUAUGCUGUACCGCAUCACUCCACAGCAGAUUACACACAUCUACAGACAAAAACCCACCGGCAUUCACGUGUUAGUCUCUGAUGAGAUGGUGCAGAACUUCCGGGAGGAAACAAGCUUCAUCCUCAGCACUAUAAGAGAUGAAAACACUGAUGGCUACCACAUUGUGCUGAAAUGACCACAAGGCAUUCAGUAGCUUUAGAGUUUCCCCUGACAACCAGUGGAAUUGUACAGCUUGUAUAUAAGUCCUUCUAAACUACAGCAUUUAUUAACAUUUAUAGUACAGAUGUAACAUGUUGUUAACCUUCCAGUUAACUGUUAAUUUUGUGGUUUUGUUGAGUUUUCUUUAAUUUUCCUGUUUUAUUGGUAAAGUUAUUAAGUUACUGAUUCAUGCUUGAUAUUCUUUGUAAUUACAGGUUAACACUGCUGUAUUACUCCCUCACAUGUGCGUCCAUUUUAUGCCUAAACACCUAAACAUGCAAGUAAAUGACUUUCAUGAUAAUAAAGCAGCGUUAAUGAAGACAAAUAGAAAAGACAUAUUAACAAAAGUGUAUUAUGUUAUUUCAAUGGAAUGCAA